AUGGUACAAAAAAAGAAAGAAUUCAAGAAGGUAGGAAGGAAACGAACGGUUUCGUUUUGUGGAAUAUUCUGUGGAGAGGUUAAUGAAUCAGCAACGCCUAUAGUGCCGUUAAAACAUGUUCGAUUAGUUUUCUAGAAUAUUAUUUUUAGUUAUUUCUUUAUUUCAUUGUGUAUUGCGUAUAAUCGUUAGCAACCACGACUACUACCACACUAAAAUGGCGACGGAUCCAAUGAAACACCGCAUGCAUGUUUUCAAGAACACUGGCAAAGAUGUCGAUGAAAUGCGUAGACGUAGGAACGAAGUGACAGUGGAACUUAGAAAGAACAAAAGAGAAGAAACAUUACAAAAACGUCGCAAUGUCCCCGUUAGCUAUUCAACAGACGAAGAUGAUAUCGAUAGAACACUGGCAUCCACGGAUCUCGAGGAGCUGGUGAUGAAAGCGGCCAAUGCCGAGAACCCAGAAGAGCAGUUAGCCGCAGUUCAACAGUGUAGAAAGCUUCUGUCCUCCGAUAAGAAUCCACCUAUAGACAGUUUGAUAACGACGGGAAUUUUACCUAUACUUGUUCAGUGCCUUUCUAGAACUGAUAACCCGACACUACAGUUCGAGGCGGCUUGGGCCCUCACGAAUAUCGCGUCAGGAACGUCCGCGCAAACCAACAAAGUCGUUCACGCAGGAGCAGUGCCUCUAUUUUUACAAUUGCUCAUGUCUCCUCAUGAGAAUGUCUGUGAGCAAGCUGUCUGGGCUCUAGGUAACAUCAUCGGAGACGGACCAGUCCUGAGAGAUUAUGUUGUUGAAUUAGGAGUUGUAAAGCCCUUACUCAGCUUUAUAAAGCCUGGCAUCCCCAUCACUUUCCUGCGUAAUGUUACAUGGGUCAUUGUCAACCUCUGUAGGAGUAAGGAUCCUCCCCCGCCCGUCAAGACCAUUCAGGAAAUAUUGCCAGCACUUAAUGAACUUAUCACUCACACAGAUGUAAACGUGUUAGUGGACACAGUAUGGGCUAUCAGUUAUCUCACCGACGGAGGCAAUGAUCAGAUACAGAUGGUCAUAGAGUCUGGUAUAGUUCCAAAGCUAAUACCCCUGUUGUCACACAAGGAGGUUAAGACUCAGACGGCAGCUCUGAGAGCCGUCGGAAAUAUUGUGACUGGAACAGACGAACAAACACAAGUGGUACUCAACUGUGAUGCACUUUCACAUUUCCCGGCCUUACUUUCACACCCCAAAGAGAAGAUCUGCAAGGAGGCGGUCUGGUUCCUGUCGAACAUCACGGCCGGGAACAAGCAGCAGGUGCAGGCGGUGAUCGACGCGGGUCUGCUGCCCAAGAUCGUGGAGAACCUCAGCAAGGGAGAGUUCCAGACACAAAAGGAAGCGGCCUGGGCCGUCUCCAACCUCAGCAUCUCGGGCACUAGCGAACAAGUGGCGGCCCUGGUACAGUGUGGAGUCAUUCCACCCUUCUGUAACCUGCUGGACUGUAAGGACUCGCAAGUCAUCAACGUGGUGUUGGACGGUCUCAGUAACAUGCUGAAGAUGGCCGGAGACAGCACGGAGGCGGUGGCCACCAUGAUAGAGGAGUGCGGCGGCAUCGACAAGAUAGAGGAGCUGCAGGGACACGAGAAGGUCGAGAUAUACAAGAUGGCCUACGACAUCAUAGAACAGUACUUCGCUGACGAGGAGGAGGACGCCACGGUGGUGCCGCCGGCGGCGGACGCCACCUUCCAGUUCGAGACCGCCAAGCACGAACCCUUCCGCUUCUGAACUCACACGCGCGCACACACGACACGCGACACACACACGCGUCCGCUGCACCCACCCGCGGAACGCCACACCUGUAUAUAUGAACAACCCGGACCGCCCCGUGUCGUGUCGCGUGUCGUCGUGGUGUCGCGAGGACGGCGGCUCCGGACUCUUGUGAUGUUUGAAUUUCGUUUUAGUUGUAACGGCUCCGUGACGGACGACGGACGACAGUGGAAUAGCUUUAACGUUUAAGUGGCGCGUACGCUGUACUCGGCUUACACCGAUAUUUGCUUUCAUAUAACAUAGUAUUUAUGUUUCGAUUUUUAACUCGGGAGUGAUCGCUAACCUCGGCCUCGGCCUGAGAACAGUUUUAUAGUUAUGGAAUUAUGUUCUGACAUUGAGCCCAUUUGUAACUAUAUAUCAAUAAAUUCUGUCCAAUAUUAA